AUGUUCCGAAUAGAAAGUAACGAUUUCAUAACGACUGUGACCAGGAAGAAGCGGAACGCCUUCGUGCUUGUUCUUGCAUUGCUGAGCGUCCCUUGCCCAGUCGCCGCCUUCCCUGUACACAGACACCAUGCAGCACGACGAUUAUUCGACCUAGGUGAUUUAUUCCGGCACGGUCCCCGUCCUUUUACCGUGGCUUCUUCUGGACCCAUUCUUCUUGCGGCUGAAAAUGCCACUGCUUCCGCGACCAGCAGCACGCCAGGCGCAGCAGGGGUCACCGUUACCCAGACAAUCACCGAGACGGGAUACCUGUUCGCCGCACCAAGCAUUCCAGGGUUCGCAGAAGAAGGCGGCUCGGAUGGCCCUUACCUAGGCCAAACGGGUCGUCAACAGGCGAUCGGUCCAGCCACUCCCACAAUGGAAGUUUAUCCACCCGUGCUUUUAGACUUUUCCAAUUCGGUUAGUGUGCCGGAUGUGCCGGCUGUAGCGUCAUCGUUUCUGUCGACCGAUUCCGUCGUGCCAGACCCGAGCCUGGACAAUGCGCUUGCCGAUCCGACUACAGGUGCUGCAACCAGCACGUCCGAAGCCUUGGCAGCAGGUUCCUCGCAAGAAACACCUGGAGCCACGCUUUCCAGUAUCCCUGAAAGCGAAGCUGUCAUCGCAGCUUAUUAUGCGGAUUGGGCGGUUAAGCAACUAGCUCCGGAGGAUGUCGACUUUACACGUUUGAACUGGAUUGACUUUGCCUUUGCGAUUCCUAACGAGAAUUUCGAGCUCAUAUUUACCCAAGAUGAUUCAGAGGAUCUGUUGCACCGACUUGUGGUUACCGCCCAUUCAAAGGGACGAAAGGCAAAAUUGAGUAUUGGAGGAUGGACGGGCAGCGCGCAUUUUUCGCGCGCAGUCCGUACGUCGGAGGGACGAAUGACGCUAUGUGGGUCCAUCGAACGAGUGUAUGACCAAUUCGGCCUGGACGGAAUCGACAUUGAUUGGGAGUACCCCAAUGGGGCGGGGGCAGGAAAUGAGUAUUCGCCCGAUGAUGCGGAGAACCUGUUGACGUUCCUAGAGUUGCUUAGAGAGACGUUGCCACCUUCUGCAAAGAUUACUGCAGCAACCGCCUUGUGGCCGUUUGCGGGGAAGGAUGGUCAACCUCUUCGCGACGUGUCGCGGUUCGCGCGUGUUUUGGACUGGAUUAUGCUGAUGAAUUAUGAUGUCUGGGGCUCCUCGCCUGAGCCAGGACCGAAUGCGCCUCUCUCCGAUGAAUGCGGGACGUCAACCCAGCCUUUGGCAAAUGCAAAAGCAGCCAUCCAGAGCUGGACCGAGGCUGGAUUCCCACCAGCGCAGAUUGUGCUAGGCAUACCGGCAUACGGGAUCCUGUCCCGGUCGAGCGCAGACAAGCUGAGGACUCGGGACGAGGCCGGUGACAGCAGGAUCAAUGAUAGUCCCUCGACCGAUCACGCGAGAACCCUGGAAUCGAGUACGGGAGAACUGGAGAUGCAUAAUGACGAGGGAGGCAGCGACGGCCAGAUACAGUUUGGUGAGCUGGUGCGGCAAGGGGCGCUUGUCCGAAACAACGGCGGAGAUUAUGAGGCGGCGGGAGGCUUUGAAAGAAGAUGGGAUCACUGCUCAAGUACGGUUAGUCACUUGAUUUGUCUGAUUUUCACAAUUCCAUUUCCAUUUUCGUUAUUGCUCUCUUUUCUGCUGGUCACUAACAACAAGCGCGCAUAUUCUUUUUUUGGGCUGGGUAUUAACAUACGCGGAUAUAUUGGACGUUUGCACUGGAUUCGGGGAUAUUGGGACCUGGGCGGGGGAAACACGAAUCUAGCCCUGGCUUCGAAGGCUCUUGGGCGUCAGCUUGUUCGCGGCUCAUGGCGACGAUGGGUGGGCGCUGGUCGAUGGAGCAAGGCAAGGCUUGGGUAUCACGAGCCCACUGGCCAAGAGGAGUAUACGUUAUCGCUGAGCCCACUUUCGACUACUACUCCUCCAUACUUGUUUACAAUCUGGUCGUUUGCUGCUAACAACUUGAACAUGUCGUUCUCGUACGCCUCGAUCCCCCCACCAGACUCUCCACCGCUCAGAGCGACGCCUCUGUCACCCGCCCCCGUACGCUCGGACAAGAGAGCGAAGCGUCAUACAGCUGCACUCUCGCCCUCGACAUUUGCCGCAGAUGAUCUACAUGUUGCCGGUCUGAAUCUCAACGAUGACCCACUCGACCUCGAUGGUGGCCGACGCAGCGACAGCUACCUCAAGCAAGGGGGCUUGUACGCCUCCAACGCUAUUCCACGAGGAGGAGAGACGUUGAAGCGCGCGUCUUCAACGAUCAUUCCCGUCCCGCAGCUAAUCAACAGUUUACCCCCGCAUUACCGCCACCCCAGCCCAGCCCCCUCGAGCGAGAGCGCGACCCCGAGCUUGAUGAGCAGCAGUAUCUCGACACACGAGUCGCUCUCGUCUGCUUCGUCUUCGGGCUCGAUGAGCUGUGCGAGCAGCACGAGCAGCCACGGCGCGAGCUCCAUUGCUCCAUCCGUUGCACCACCCACCAAGGGCCAGCAGCAAUCCUCGAAUUCGUGCAGAAAGUCGAUCGUGCCCAAGCUUUCUUUGGCUAGUUUGAAUAAUCACAACAAGAGCGCUGGACACGGUUCCAGCUCGAAUGAUAGCCUCUCGUCGGGCUCGGAGCCCCUGACUCCCACUGGUCCCACCUUUUCUCGUUCAAGGCUAAAACUCGUAUCAUUUCGCGCAAUCCUUCGAGAGGACGGAGACGGGAGUGUAGGCGAUGUCGCAAGCACACGCAACACCGACCCGACACGUCCAGUUUUCGGAAUUUGUUUGCGAGCGCUAAACCAGACACGCUGCAUAGUACAAACGGAGAGACUGAAAGAGUUGUUGAAAUGUCGAGCUUUUGCUGGGUGUGGAGCCAAAAAUAAAAAAAGAUUAAAGUGCGGAGCUAGGAGAGUGCCGCUGACAACAACGACGACGAAUAAAGUGCGGAGAGACGCGCAUACGAUCAACGAGCGCUUUGCCAGCCUCAUCAGCAAUUUACCAUCCAUAUUUCCCCUUGUUUUGAUGGAGGAUGGGCCAAUAGACUAUGAUCCAUCGGCGGCGGAGGCGAAGCCCACCCACAACCAGAAGACGGAGGGGGCGGCCGGAGACUGCCGAGAUUACCAUGCCAUCGUCCCAGGACCAAAAGAAAAAAAGGGGCAAAUCGAAAAAGAUAAUAA